AUGGCCUCCCGGAAGAAGGUUCUGCUCAAGGUCAUCAUCCUUGGCGACAGCGGUGUCGGCAAGACCAGCUUGAUGAACCAAUAUGUCAACAAGAAGUUCAGCGCCAGCUACAAAGCCACCAUCGGCGCCGACUUCCUCACUAGGGAAGUGCUCGUUGACGACAGACAAGUGACCAUGCAGCUCUGGGAUACAGCCGGCCAGGAGCGCUUCCAGUCACUCGGCGUGGCGUUCUACCGUGGCGCCGACUGCUGCGUGCUCGUCUACGAUGUCAACAACUCCAAGAGCUUCGACGCCCUCGACAGCUGGCGGGAUGAGUUCUUGAUACAAGCCUCGCCUCGCGAUCCUGAGAACUUCCCCUUCGUCGUCCUUGGCAACAAGAUUGACGUCGAGGAGAGCAAGCGUAUUAUCUCGACCAAGAGGGCUGCUACUUUCUGCCAGUCCAAGGGCGACAUUCCCUACUUUGAGACCAGUGCCAAGGAGGCCAUCAACGUCGAGCAGGCAUUUGAAGUGAUCGCUCGCAACGCCCUUGCCCAGGAAGAGUCUGAGGAGUUCAGCGGCGACUUCCAGGACCCGAUCAACAUCCACAUCGAGAACCCCCGCGAUGGCUGCUCCUGCUAA